AUGCCCUAUUACUACCACCUCAAGUUUGAGCUCUACACAACGCCCGAUCCGACGGCGAGCCAGGCCGAAGCGACGAUCCUACGCAACGAAAACAACAACAUCUGGAACCCCGAGCCCGGCGCCUCCGUCUUCGACGAUCUCCCCUCGCACCCGCGUAGCCGAGAUCGAGAGCAGCAAGAGUCCACGCCGGCCAAGUGGCCGAGGAGCAGCAGUUCGCGCGAGGGAGCUCGAAGCGCUGCCGCAGCAGACGAUACCGCGGGAUCGAAGAUCAUCGAUUGUGGCGCGCACCGCGGAAAGUCACACAACGAGAGCGGCGACGAAGACGGAGGAAGAGGGAGGAAUAUCGUGCGCCUGAGCGAAAGACAGUAUCGCGCUCGUCUGGAACGGUCGCCGCCGCCGAGGGUUGAAAGGGGAAUUGGGCCGCAUACUGCCGUUAGGGACUGGCGGUUUGGGAGGGUCAGGAUUGAGAGUUUUGAUCUGGUUGUUAAUCAUCAUCAUAACAACAACAAUAAUAAUAAUAAUAAGAAGAUGGCGGCUAGUUCGGGGAAGAAAGAUGGGGCGACAGGGCAGCAGCAGCAGCAGCAGCAGCAGCAGCAGCAGCAACAGCAACAGCAGGAAGUUCAGCCUGCUGCUUCGCUGGGGCCGAAUUUGGGAGGUAUGGGCCAGGCUACCAAGGCAAGGUAUGUCCCUCUCGAAGGGAAAAAUACUGAGGCUGGGUGGGGAAUUGUGCAUUUGUAUCGGGAGGGGGAUGAGACCAGCGCCUUGAGGGAGCUGCCGGAUGGAGGGGACGGGAAGGAUGCUUCGUCUGGUGAGGACGGGACCAUCUUGUGUGUCCCCGCGGUUCCCAGCUACAUGUCGCCAAGCGAUUUUUUGGGGUUUGUCGGCGAGAAGUGGCGCGGCGAUGUCAGCCAUUACCGCAUGGUUAUGACCAGCCGGAUGAGCAGAUACAUGGUGUUGAUGAAGUUCCGGGACGCGAAGAGGGCCAGGCAGUUCAGGAAGGAAUUUGACGGUAAACCGUUCGACAGCGUAGAGACUGAGAUCUGCCAUGUUACCUUCAUUAAGUCCAUCACGGUUGAGACGCCGAACCGGAAAGAGCGCAAGCAGUCAGCUGGAAAUGGUCCAACCCCCGUGAACUCGCUCAAGCCAUUCCCUCCACCAACACCAGACCUCAUUGAGCUCCCAACAUGCGCAGUCUGUCUGGAGCGCAUGGAUGACACUACGGGGCUCAUGACCAUCCUGUGCCAGCACGUGUUCCACUGCACCUGUCUACAAACAUGGAAAGGUUCAGGCUGCCCCGUCUGUCGGGCAACCAACCCAAAGCCCAUCGACGCUGACCCAGACGACCCGUACAGCGCAAGGCCGUUCGGGCAGGGCGUAGCUAACAUCUGCAACCAGUGUAACUGCACCGACGACUUGUGGAUCUGCCUCAUCUGCGGCAACGUUGGCUGCGGACGAUACAAUGGCGGUCAUGCUAAGGAGCACUGGAAGCUGACAGCACAUAGUUUCAGUCUGGAGCUGCAAACGCAACAUGUCUGGGACUACGCAGGUGAUAAGUGGGUGCACCGGCUCAUUCGGGAUAAGGGAGACGGCAAGAUUGUUGAGCUGCCGCGGAAUGCAACUACAAUACAGCCCAACAACAACAACAACAACAACAACAACAACAACAACAACCAGCAAAAUACGAACAACGAAGAAUAUGUUCCGCGCUCUAAGCUCGACAGCAUCGGUCUUGAAUACACCCAUCUUCUUACCAGCCAACUCGAGAGUCAACGCAUCUACUUCGAAGAGAUGGUCAACAAAGCUGCCGACAAGGCUGCCAAGGCAGCAGCAGCAGCUGAAGCCGCUUCAGCCCAGGCUGCCGAUGCACUCAACCAGCUGGCCACCCUACGCGAGGAGCAUCGCGUGCUGCGCGAAGAGACAGUACCAUCCCUGGAGAAGGAGCUCGCACGCGAGAAGCAGAAGUCAGCCAAAUCGGCAGAUCUGGCGCGUGAGCUGAGCAAGGCGCUUCGCGAGGAGAGAGAGGUGAGUGCUGGAUUGAUGAAGAGGAUCGAGCAUCUUCAAAAGGAGAUGGAGGAGAAGGGGAAGGAGAUGGAGAAGCUGCGGAGUGAAAACGAAGAGCUGAAGGAGAUGAAUCAUGAUUUGACCAUGUUUAUUAGCGGGCAAGAGAAGCUGAAGGAGAUGGAGAGAGAGGGGCUAGUUGGAGAAGGGGAGCUGGAAUCUGGGGUUGUGGGGGGUCAAGGAGAAGGAGGGGAGCAAGAGGAAGGGCAAGGGGAGGAAGAAAUGAUUGGUACACGGUAA